AUGGUGCCUAAAGUAACUGUUGAUGAUGCACAGCAACUGCGGGCAGAUCCUACCUAUUUAAGGAAAGUAAUUGAGAAUUCACAUCUCAUAAUAGGCAAAAGGCACACCAUCUCCCAAACCUCUGCAGCCCCUGUGCGUAGGUCCAUAUCUGCAGUGCAUUUAAAGCGUGCAAGCAAAAGUGAACUUAAAAAUUGCAUACACACUUGGGCCUCAAUUGGAGAGAAGUUGGACAAGAUUAACAUUAAUGAAGUAGAUGAAGAUGACUACAUUCAAUGCGAGAAAAUUGUAUCUGCUGUCAAAAGUGAGAGGAAAAAGGUGAAAUUCCAAACACCAGUUUCGAUAAAAUACAACACACCCAGGCCUGAAGAAUUGCAGGCCAGACUGCAGAACUGGCUACAAAAAAGAGGCAAAUCCAUUCAUUCCUAUCAUCAUUUGCAGUGCUUUGGUAUUUUCCAUCUGUCCAAGGAUAUUAAGUCUUUAGUAGAGGCACCUAAAUUUGAACUGUAUGAUGAAGAAAAUAAGGAGAAUAUUGCCUUGGAGUCUGAUAGUGAUGAUCAGUCAUAUACAGACAAUGUAAAUGACCGAAAGGAUGACUUUGCUGGUGAAAAUAAGGUUGAAAUUAGCAAUGAUAAAUGGCGCAGGGCUAGUUAUAUUAGUGACAGCUUGAGUCUUAAUGAAAGCAAAAAUACGACAUUAACAUCUGCUGAUGAUUUACAUCAUGUGGAUGAGUUGCUACUAGGCGCUUUAAAUGAUUUGACAGAGCUGCUGCGAGAGGGCUUUGAUUGGGAGCAGUGCGCCCGUUGGUUGCGAGCGAUUCGCGAACGUUUCCCAUCUGCGCCUGACAGUGCAGCAUAUUGGGAGUGCAGAGCUGCGCUGGAGGAGCACCGCGGAGAUUUGCCUGCUUCCAUGCAGUGUUGGGAGGAGGCUAUCGCUAUGGGAACUGAGCGCUCAGUAGUUGAAGCAAAUUUAGACCAACUUUUGGACAAGUUUAUGCAACUUAAGAUUAGCCCGAACAGUGGUCGCCAGAAGAAAGUGGAUCCAAAGAUGGUUGAUGUUAAAAAUGUCUUGAAGAGUACAAUUAUACGCUUUGCAGUGCAGAAAGCUAAGCUUCGUCAGUCCAAUCAGAACGAUACUCCGAAGUACACAGUGACUCCAGUACGCCGCAGCGCGAGGCUGAGUAUGCAUGGCAGUGCAAAGCGCACACCAUUGCAAGUUUGCACUACCGUUAGCCAGGCCACGAGUCUUGCUGAUUUGCACGCCUGCAAAAAAAAGCAGCUGUCGACUGAAAUGACUGCGAGCUUAUCACACUUCCAGGCAAGGGGCACAUGU